CAUGCUUUGCAGUUCAGUAGAGCUUCUCGCACUGACAAAGGUUUCAGAGUUUGAUGCGGGCGUGUCUGCUUUACGACAGGUAUUGAGCUGCAAUCUGCACCGUUACUCACCCUCUAAGCUCUCUGUGUUGAACUCGUCUCUCCCCAAGGAGAUCAGAGUACACGAGGCUGUCCCAGUGGCUCCCUCAUUCGAUGCUUGGGACUGGGCCAGUCACAGACACUACUCGUAUCUGAUGCCCACUUACGCUUUCGCAAGCCUAGAAUUGAGCUUGAAUGAAGCCAGCAGCUUCCGAAUAUCAAAAGAACAUCUGUGGUUUGUGCGUAAAAUGGCCCUUGAUUUUAUUGGGGGAAGAAAUUUCAUCAAUUUUACUGACAAGAAGCGUCUGGCGAAAGAGUUUCGGAGCAGAAAAUCAUUUGAGAGUUUCUGUUAUCGGUACAUUUUUGAUGGCAAAGUUGACGAUCCAUUUGUGUAUAAAGGAGUGGAGUUCUGCACUGUUCAUUUUAAGGGAAAUUCGUUCAUACUGCACCAAAUACGCAAGAUGAUAUCGGUUCUGAUUUUGCUCUCGAGAGGGAUUAUGACUCGUGAAUUUCUGCUGAGAAACCUGUUCCGCGAAGUGUCAGUGUCUAUACCUCUUUCGCCCGGGUUUCCUCUGGUGCUUAGCAAUCUCUCCUACGACCAAUACAACCGAAUCCAGAUGCUCAAAAAUGAAGGAGUUAUGACUCAAUUAAAUUUUUAUAAACACGACAAAACUAUUCGUAAGUUCGCGAAGGAUUUGAUUUUCACUGAAAUUCUGGACGAACACGUGAAUGGAAGUCAAAUGUUGGAGUUUUCUAACUUUGUUUUGUUGACUUCGGAAUCUUGUUUAGAGAAUUGUAAAAAAUAUAGAUCUUGGAAAAAUGUUCUUAUAUUUGAUGCUCCUAGACCAAUUUCAGAAAAUUUAUUGGCAUCUGUUUAAUUUUAUUGCUGAAUGAACUAUUUGAUAUUUGGUAUGUUCCUGUUUUUUUGUCUGCAUCUUCUAAGAAGACUGCUUCUGCUUGUCAAAAAAGUUCAAAAUGUUCUUUGAAAUUGUUGGUUUUUGAUUCAAGCUGAUUUUUUAAGGUCCAGCUUUGCUUUCCUCCAUAGCAUAAUUGAUUUAAUAGUAGCUGUGCAGCUUAGAGCUAAAACGUUAUUGGCCAGGGUCUAACUGAAUAGAAAAUGUUCAGCAUACCAAUCUCUGUAAGGACAUUUACUGAAGACUAGAAAAAAGCAACUGAACUACUGUUGUAAUUGGACUGUGGAACAAUAUAUUUAUUUGACAAUGUUUUGUACAAUCCGUUGAAAAUCCUUUUAGUUUAAGGCCUCGCUUGUUUGAAUGCAAAUAUUGAUGCAAUAUUGAUUCCUUCCAUAGUACUUGCUUUGCUCCUUCGUUUCAGAUAUUUGUUUGAUUGCCUGCGUUUGGCCUUUGCGGCAUGGCUAUUUAGUGAACUAACUGUGUUUAUAGAAGUCUAACAACUGUAAUAACUGUGUGUAUACAAUUUGAAGCUGGAGUGCUCAAACUAAAACUAACAAUCGAAACCGAUUAAUGGAGUAGUUGAGAAACAUCGAUGAUUAACAGUAGCUCAUUCGCAAACACCCAAGUUUGAAAGAAUUUGAGUCAAACAAGCUCAAAAUAUUCUGUCAUCUUAUUCCGCCAAAGAAAUUUACUUUUCUAUUCAGUUUUGAAGUUUAAGCAAUUUAGUUCGGCUGAUAUUAGAAAUCUAACUGCCUGUAAUUUGUUGCAAUAUUUCGAAAAGCAAUCUACUUUAUUUCAUUAUUCCUCAAUCAGGAAGAUCGCCGAUUUUCGCUGAUUACUUGGAGAAAUUUCUAGAAAGUUCGUAAAAGAU